UUCUCGUCAAAUGCAUCUAUCUACCUUAGCCUACGUCGAUCAGCUCAACUACACGCGUUUCUUUUCAUAGUUGGAUCAAGAAAAUGGAGUCCCACGAACCGAAAACCUCCAAUUCGACGGCGGAAGAAGAUGGGUGUUCGAACUGGGAUCGUGCUGUUGUCGCCCGGCGCGUGGAGCGGCUCUUCUUGCACCUUAACCCACCGCCGGAGUUUUCCGACGGGGUGGAGCUGGCACGGUGCGCGGGGCGAGCGAAGAGUGAUGUGAACACGGAGCAAUUGUCCAAGUACAUGAGGGGGAAGUACAGGGACGUGCAGCAGAAGGUGUAUGAUUACUUCAAUUCGAGGCCGGAGCUUCAGACGCCGCUGGAGAUAUCCAAGGACGAGCAUCGGGAGCUUUGUAUGAGGCAGCUGAUGGGGCUGGUCAGAGAGGCUGGGAUUAGGCCGUUUAGGUAUGUUGUGGAGGAGCCGGCCAAGUAUUUCGCGAUUCUUGAGGCGGUGGGUAGUGUUGAUAUGUCGUUGGGGAUCAAGAUGGGGGUUCAAUACAGCCUUUGGGGAGGCUCUGUGCUCAACCUGGGAACCAAAAAGCAUAGAGACAAGUACUUUGAAGGUAUAGAUAACGUGGAGUAUCCAGGGUGCUUUGCAAUGACGGAACUUCAUCAUGGUUCCAAUGUUCAAGGCCUCCAGACAGUUGCAACUUUUGAUCCAAUUAAGGAUGAAUUCAUCAUUGACACACCAAAUGAUGGGGCCAUUAAAUGGUGGAUUGGUAAUGCUGCUGUUCAUGGAAAAUUUGCAACAGUUUUUGCAAAGCUGAUGUUGCCUACUCAUGAUACCAAAGGCGUUGCUGAUAUGGGUGUUCAUGCAUUCAUUGUCCCAAUUCGGGAUAUGAAGACCCACAAACCACUGCCUGGAGUUGAAAUACAUGAUUGUGGCCAUAAAGUUGGUCUAAAUGGAGUGGAUAAUGGAGCAUUGAGAUUCCGGUCAGUAAGAAUUCCUCGAGAUGAUCUUCUUAAUAGAUUCGGAGAUGUCUCGCGAGACGGGAAGUACACAAGCAGCUUGCCUUCUAUCAACAAAAGGUUUGCUGCCACACUAGGUGAACUUGUAGGAGGAAGAGUGGGUCUUGCUUAUUCUUCCGUUGGUGUCCUGAAGAUUGCAGUCAUAAUAGCUGUCAGAUAUUCUCUGCUGCGGCAGCAAUUUGGUCCUCCGAAGGCACCUGAAAUAAGUAUACUUGAUUACCAAUCUCAGCAACAUAAGCUCAUGCCAAUGUUGGCUUCAACUUAUGCUUUCCAUUUUGCCACGCUGGAUUUGAUUGAUAAAUACUCUGAGAUGAAGAAGACACAUGAUGAGCAGUUGGUGGGCGAUGUCCACGCACUUUCAGCAGUACUCAAGUCCUAUGUUACUUCUUAUACAGCAAAGUCACUGAGCAUCUGCAGAGAAGCUUGUGGAGGUCAUGGAUAUGCUGCCGUCAACAGAUUUGGCAGCUUGAGGAAUGACCAUGACAUCUUCCAGACAUUUGAAGGGGACAAUACUGUCCUCCUGCAGCAGGUAGCAGGUUACCUCUUGAAGCAGUACAAAGAGAAGUUUCAAGGUGGGACGCUCACCGUCACAUGGAACUAUCUGAGAGAAUCCAUGAACUCCUACCUAUCGCAGCCUAACCCAGUGACAGCUAGAUGGGAAGGUGAAGACCAUCUACGAGAUCCCAAGUUUCAGUUGGACGCCUUCAGGUACCGUACUUCUCGACUGCUUCAAAGUGUGGCUGUUCGACUCCGGAAGCAUUCAAAAACUCUGGGGAGCUUUGGUGCUUGGAAUAGAUGUUUAAAUCACCUUCUGACACUUGCAGAAUCUCACAUAGAAUCCGUCAUCCUUGCAAAAUUCAUUGAUGCUGUGCGAAGUUGCCCUGAUCCUAGCUCUCGUGCUGCCCUGAAACUUCUGUGCGAUUUAUAUGCCUUGGAUCGGAUUUGGAACGAUAUUGGAACUUACCGCAAUGUGGACUAUGUCGCUCCUAACAAAGCUAAGGCGAUACAUAAGUUGACUGAAUACUUGUGUUUCCAAGUGAAGAAUAUCUCACGGGAACUCGUAGAUGCAUUUGAUCUUCCAGAUUAUGUCACACGGGCUCCGAUAGGGAUGCAGGCUGCAGAAGAAGCUUAUGCACAAUACACUCAGUUCGCUGGCUUCUGAAAACCGUGUAGAUGCAUUGAUUCCUGAUAAGAGAGCUUAGACUCCAAUUAAAGAAUGCAGGUUGCAGAAGCAGCUUAUUGAUAGCACACUUAGAUCAAGUAUACGACGUUCCCUCGUUGCAUAUGGUUCUCAUUUAUCGUGUAUGGUGAACGUUGUAAAGCAUGAUGAUUCAUACUUUCCAUCCUCCUAAUUGAAGGGGGUUUGUUCUUGUCUACUGAAAGCUGUUUUGUUGUUACUGUCAAUACAAUUUAUUGAAUUCUAUAUAAGCGGAUAUUAGGUCCGCCUAUGUACUUAUAA